GUGCUCACCAGCGGCAACUUGCCAACCCCUUCGGCCAACCGCAUGCUGACUGUAUCGCCACUACUCUUCGUUGUUUCCUUGUUCUCUCAUCCUCCUCCUGCGUCUGGGUCUCCUGGUUGCCUUGCCCUUGACCUUUAGUCUCUGCUCCCGCAGCUCUCGCUAGAGCCUCAGGCACGGUGUCGGGACUGCCUUCACGUCCCACCCUGCUGUAUGUUCCGCGCCUGCGACGAGCUCAGACUUGAAGCAGGUCUCGUCUGAUUAGACAGAAGUGAGACUCGUCGGCGACCUUGCGUCCCAGCGCCCUCGACUUCAUCUUGCUCAGAACACACGGUACAGCGCAGGCCCAUGUUGCAGAAUCCCAUCUCCGUUCCCCGCCCCCUCUCCGCCAACAACCACCAAGACGACUACUCCCCGUCUGACUAUUCUCGCUCUAAUGACAUAUCUUCUCGACUUCCGUCCCCCUCUCUAGCCGCUAAGCGUCCUCAGAAGGAGGCGCUUGCUCGUGCUAUCUUCGCCGCUUCACCAUCUCCCGCCGUCCCACUUUCCAUUUCCACUAAUCUAGCUGCGGCCCGCGUGGCUUCUUCUUCUCCCUCUGCCCAAUCUGCCCGGCUUCGCAGUCCAUACAUAUCUGCGCGUCAAACAGCCAGCCCGGUCUCCUUCUCGCCUCGUCCUGCCCCACUCUCGCCUAUCGACUCCAGCUCGCACCACUCGUCGUUUUCCUCAGUGCUCGAAGACGUCUUGCAACCCGGUGACAUCGUGGGCGAGGGUGUGGAACUACAGGGCGAAGUUAUUCAUCUUGUUGCUGCGCCAGAUCCCGGUGUGCAACACACGACCCAACCCGCUCGCGAAUUCGAGGUUGUUCGACGUCUCGGUGCCGGCAGCUAUGCUGUGGUUUAUCAGGUUCUUGAGGUCCUUGAGCGGGGGGCCCCAUCUGAGGACGGUCACUCCUCGAUGAUGGGUCACAUGGAUAUGGAGAUUGAUGGUUCGCAAACCGAUUUCGGUCCUUCGACGAAGUACGGACGCGAGUAUGCUAUCAAAUGUCUGUCAAAGGCCAACCUCGAUAGUGAGGCGCUGCGGGCUCAGAUGGAUGAGGUUUGGAUCCAUCAGUCGCUGCACUCGCAUCCGAAUAUUGUUACCCAUUAUCGGACCCUUGAAACGUCUUCUUUCUUGCUUCUCCUUCUCGAGUAUGUCCCAGGGGAAGACCUAUUCUACUUUUUGGAGCAGGCUCGUGAUCACUACGAGUCGGGAUCGUCAACGCCGGACAGCGACACGUCCCUGGGCUCGCAUACACCCCCUACACCCAGUCUAUUGUCGACGAUGAAUUCUUCCCAAUUGUUGUCCCGCACGCGUCUUCGGCUUAUCUCCUCCAUGUUUUCACAAAUGUGCGAUGCCGUCGCAGCAUGCCACGCGCAGCAAGUUUUCCAUCGCGACAUUAAGCCGGAAAAUUUCAUUGUCACCGACGGAUACACCGACAUCGAUGGUCGGCGGGAACGUCGUGUGGUAGUGAAACUGACGGAUUUUGGACUAUCGACUACGGAUAUCGAGUCAUCUGACAUGGACUGUGGGAGUGCACCCUACAUGAGCUUCGAGUGCCGUAACAAUGUUGCGCCAACCUAUCGGCCCCGCGCUGCAGAUGUAUGGUCCCUAGGCAUCGUGCUCAUCAACAUGCUGUACCACUACAAUCCCUGGACGGACACUCAGGAAGGCGAAUGCCACUCAUUCGACCUGUUCCGGCAACAGCCUGUCAACUUUUUCAUGCAGCGAUUUGUUGGAAUGACGCGCCCUGUCGCCGAGCAUCUUGCCAACCGUGUAUUCAACGUGCUCGAUGAUCCGAAGGACGACUCUGAGCGCAUCUCGGCGGCUGACUUUGGUAUCUGGGCCAAGGAUCUGCCUGAUCUUCUGGCCCCUCUUUUGGACAUUGCUGCUCCUCAGCCGAUGCGGGGUCAUCAGCGCCUCAGCUCGACAGCAUCCUUGAUCCUGGGUCAUCGCAUCUCUUCCUCGACACCUGUUUCGCACCGUCCGUCCUCGCGUCAAGCGUCGGGAACUGCCGGUAUCCGCACCCCGGCACUACCCUCCCGCAGUCUCUCCCGUACCGGCUCUUUCACACAAGCCUUCGAAGCAGCCAAGGCUGCCGAACUCUCGACUGUCAUCGACCAGGAGGUCGAGGAGAUCGAGGAAGAACAGGAGCACGAGCUGCAACUCCCGGAAGCCCCAGUGCUAGCCGACAUCUCGGUCGAGUCGCGUUCAGCUUCGACCAACAAACGUCGCAAACGUGGUGCGCGGAAAGGGAAAGGUUCUCAGACACCUGCCUCUGUUCUACCUAAAGACGAGACCCUCGAUGUCUUGGCUACCGCGUCCCAGACUUUGGCAAGAGAGAUCAGCAAAGCGUCACGUGCGGCUUCUGCGUCCCGGCCUUCGUCGAUUCGGUCCAGUACAACCCAGUCCUCGGGCCGAAGCAAACCCUCGUCUCUUGGAAGGAAACCGUUCGAACCAGUAGCAAUGUAUGCGCUUCCGGUGAACAUGUUGACCAAUACCCGGACUGCUGCGCCUCUGCCGAAGCUCAAUCCUUCGUCUUCAUCAGCUGCGUCGGCUGCGUCGGUUUCUUCUGCUUCUCUUCCCCAACCUGGCUCAUCCCCGAUCACCAAGAAAUCCUCCAAGUGGAAGCUUAGCUUUGGCAAGAAUAGCGGUUCCCAGAUAGGACGGAUCUCGCCGGUCGAGGAAGUCUCCCCGCCUUUGGACACGUCCCCUCCGCCAAUGCUGAUGUCGCCUACCGCUCGUAACGUGACGAACCUGCUCACUGGCCUAGAUGCUCCUGUGCCGCAGCACCACAGUCAAAGUCACGGCCAACAACAGCAUUCAUUCGACGAUUGGGCUCGCGGUCGCCGUGUGCGGCAUCCGACUGGCCCGACCUCCGACGCUGGUUUCCAUAAUUCUCGAGGCUCUCACCCUGUUGGAGGAGACCUGCGCAGCGACCGUGCAACGUCCCCCAACUCGGCGCGGAGCCAUCGUCCUGUGGCCUCGAGCUCGAGCUCGAUGGUCUCUGCCAACUGGCGCAGCUCGACGAGCUCGGGGACCUCUUCUUCGGCCUUCACGCGCUACAGCAAUGCGAGCGUGUCGACGAUGGCAACGAGCGUCUCGGCCAACAGUUGGCGUGCCACCAAGCCCGCGUCACCGAACGCGCCAGCGGCCUCGAAUCCCAACGUUCCCAAGAAUGUCAAGAUCAUCACAGGCAUUCCGUGGGAAUUGUAUCAGCUUCCCCGUGGCCAAUACGCUGGCGAACAGGACAUUUCUGGAUCUCCCCCUGGAAGACAGCGAGCUCGGAAACCCAAGGAUCCCCGACUGGGUACGAUCGCCGAGAAGCUGCCCGCUCCUGGACAGAAGUCGCCUGAAGCGAUGAGCUCGUCCGACCUGAGCAUUGAGGAGGACGGUUUCGAUGGCCCGAAGAAGGUGCAGAAGGGCCAGAUCAACACACUCGCGAAGAUGUUGUCUGCCCUGCGGCGGUGACGGACAUACGUGUUGUAGGACGUCGUGUAUUUGUUGUGCUAUCGUCACCGUAGUCUGAUCUUGCAGUGGGCAGUCCUGCAAUCGAAUUCACCCUUGCUUUCGGCAUGCGCUCAUCUGCUCUACAUUCCUUCCUUUACUUUUUUUUUCACUCUCGCAUUGUACUUUGGCAUGUCAAUCCUUUAUCUAUGUAUAUACUAGUAUAACAAACCGUAUUUAAAGGCAAGACACAGCUGAUAAUAUCCAGUCAGACGCUAUCCGCGUCUUCACUUCGUUGUCGUAGAGCUGCGAACGCCAUAUUUUGCUCGAUCGUUGGCCGUCGGCUAGGCUCGCUCCCAUUCGCGGUCCCAGAAUCAAUCAGAAUCGUCCGUGCGGUCUCCGGUGGUGUGCUAGGCCGCGACGGAUGUUCCUCCAUCUCCUGGUCACUGUCCGACGAGGCGCUGCUCGUCGAUGACGGCGCUCCAGCGAGACAAUACCGACCCGAUGUGUGCGUGCGGACGAGAUUGAUGUAGUACUCUUGCAAGACCUCCCGUGUACACUGCGAAGACGAACAAUGAGAGCCUGCAGGUGAGCGCGAGCGCGUGCUGCUGACCAUGAGUCGCCAGUCAAUCUUCGCCAAGAACUCGCGCUCGAGCACGUUCAGCUCCGUCACGGAGAUGCCGCCGACCUUCGCGUAGAGACUAUUCGUGCAGAAUGCAUCGCAGAGGCCCUUGCUCGAGACAGUGAUAGACGCGAUGAUGAAGCGAUGGCAGGUGAGAGAGGAGAGCGUAAAGAGGGGCACUCGAGAGCAAAUUUGAUCGAUGUAGUGGAGGGUGAUGAGGAGGCAUGACUUCUGCAGUGGUCCGAUGUGAGCUAAGGGAGUUGGAUCGAAUGGAAAAGACCAAAGUAGCGACACUUACUUCGAUGUUGGUGAAGCGAACGA